GAGUGACCAAUCCUCCCAACUAGCCAGCUAGCUAGUAGUAUACUCAAUAUAAUGACCAGUGGCAAGCUAACAGACAGGUUACAAACCAAACGACUUCGCUAUACACAGGAACAAAGCUAGCUACCCUACCAGGCGAGCCGAGGUUCAUCUUGUUGAGAGCCAGAAAUUUCUGGAGUAGCGUCCUACGUACCUUCUCACCCACGGAAUCUCCUUCCAUCCCUCCCUUCAAUUCGCCGCCUCCGCAACACGAUGACCACCGCAGCCGACACAACCACUUCCACCACCGGUGCUACCAACGACACCGCCGGCAAGGUCAUCACUUGCUUAGCCGCGGUGGCGAGGGCUCCAAACGAACCGCUCGUCCUCGAAGAGAUAGAAGUGGACCCGCCGCAGAAGACGGAGGUUCGCAUCAAGAUCCUCUACACCUCCAUCUGCCACACCGACAUCAGCGCCUGGCAGGCACGUGUACCCGACGCGCAGAAGGCCUUCCCGCGGAUCCUGGGCCACGAGGCCGUCGGCGUGGUGGAGAGCGUCGGCCAAGGGGUGACUGACGUCAGGGAAGGGGACCACGUCAUCCCAAUCUUCAACGGCGAGUGCGGCGACUGCGCCUACUGCAAGUCUGCCACCACGAAUCUCUGCCAGCAUUUCCGGGUCGACCCGUUCCGCUCCGUCAUGAGGAGCGACGGCGCGUGCAGGUUCAGGAGCCGGGCCGACGGCCGGCCCAUCUUUCAUUUCCUCAACACUUCGACUUUCUCCCAGUACACCGUCGUUGACUCGGCCUGCGUCGUCAACAUCCUCCGUCCACCUCACCCUGAUGACGGCGGCGUUCGGCCGCCUCCGUCUACUCCUCCGUCUCCGCUUCAUCUCAAGAUGAUGAGCUUGUUCAGUUGCUGCGUCUCCACUGGUGUCGGGGCGGUCUGGAAUGUUGCAAAUGUACAAGCUGGAUCAAGCGUUGCCAUCUUCGGGUUGGGAGCUUUGGGACUCGCUGUAGCUCAAGGAGCGAGAGUUAGAGGAGCUUCCAAGAUCAUAGGGGUUGACAUUAACCCCGAGAAGUUCAUCAAGGGAAAGGUGAUGGGUGUUACAGACUUCGUAAACCCAAUCGAAAGCUCCAAGUCUGUUCACGAGCGAAUCAGGGAACUUACUGGUGGUGGCGGCGUUGACUACAGCCUGGAAUGCGUAGGGAACCAACAAGUCCUCCGCGAGGCCUUCCUAUCCACCCACGAUGGAUGGGGGCGAACUGUGCUGGUAGGGAUUUAUGCAUCUACCCAACUGUUGCCACUCCACCCAAUGGAACUUUUCGACGGUCGGAGUAUCACAGGGACAAUCUUUGGCGGUGUCAGAGGGAAAUCCCAACUCCACGACCUUGCCCACCGAUGCCUGCAACCCGUAAUUUAUCGCAUUUGCUCAUACUUCCUUUCUCAGAAACACGAGUUCUCCACUGCCAGGGGAUAUGAUCACUGACAAUACUUUUGCUCUCUAUAUGUACUUAUGGACAGGAUAUGAAUAUGCAUGAGCUUAUAACCCACGAGCUUCCCUUCGAGAAAAUCAACGAGGCGUUGCAACUACUCAUCGAUGGGAAAGCUUUGAGGUGUCUCCUUCAGUUGUGAGUUCUAAUGAUAAACGUGUGUGUAGUAAGAUAAACGUAAUCAGAAAUUGCACCAUCGAUGAAUUGAAAAAAGUUGUUCCAAAAGCGCCGAGGCCUCGUCCAUCUCUGCUAUAAUGUCAUCAUGAUUACGAAACCAAAAAAGUACUAGGAACUAUGUAAACCUUUCUAUCCCUAUAAAAACUAGGAACUCUGGCACAUUUGUAAGUUGUAACCCAAAAAUCAGGAAGCAUUGGCUUGCUGUAUACAUGUACUCUCCGAUUAAGCGCGCACCGCAACGUCAUGACAAAAGCAAAAUCCCUCGGUUGUUGGUA